CUCCUCCGCAUCCCAGCCCCCCGCCGCCUGUAAACAAGACAGCCAAAGAGCUAGUGGAGGACUAACUAGGCCGGAAGCUCAAGAUAAAAUACCCUACUGCAGCAAGCAAGCAAGCAUGUCGGGCGUGUGGGUGUUCCGGAACGGCGUGGUGCGGCUGGUGGAGAACCCGACGUCGGGGGCGGCGGCGGCGGCGUCCGGGAAGCGCAAGGCGCUGCUGCACACGCCGUCCGGGGAGGUGGUCACCUCCUACACGUCGCUGGAGCGCAAGCUGGCGGCGCUGGGAUGGGAGCGCUACUACGCCGGCGGCGGCGACGGCGGGAUGCUGCAGUACCACAAGCGCACCUCCGUGGACCUCAUCUCGCUGCCCAAGGACUUCGCCCACUUCGGCUCCGUCCACAUGUACGACAUCGUCAUCAAGAACCGCGACGCAUUCCGCGUCAUCGACGCCUAGGAUGAUUGGCCUUGCUGCUUCCUUGCUCAUGAUCAUCAUCACCAUCUACUCCGUAUAUGUAGCCGGGUAGCCUGCUUGCAUCUAUCUAGUGUGUACGUGUGUGAUCGAUCGAUCGAUGGGUUUGUUCGUGUAGUUUACGCGCGGCUUGCCGACGUAUAUUUAUAUGCGCCUGCAUAGGGAGUGGCCAUUGUUGAUAGAUCGAUUUGGUUGCUGUACGUGUCUCUGCGUGUUGGUCCAGUAUGGUAUGUAGUACUAAGUUUGCAUGCGAUGUUCUUUGUCACCUUUCAAUUUUCUUCGAUGGUACUGACUCAAGCUUUGUGUUCAGUCU